AUGUUCAAAGGUCGACACCCGCGAUCUGAUACAGAAGUUAUUUCAUCAACCAGAGGAGACGAGUCGGGUCACAGUAAAACUGCGGUUCAAGUUCUCCGACAAAGAAUUGAAUGGUGUAAUGAUACAAGCUCACAGAUCCUUUUGAAAGACGCAAAAAUGAGGCAUACAUAUAAAGAAGUCAAUAUUGAUUUGCCUGAAAACCUUUGCCACAAGUCCCUCCUAUUUUGCUUGACCGUUAUUCUGAACCACGCAAUGAAAAUUUUGCAGCUUUUGAUUGGAGGGUGUCUAGGACUUUUCCUAUUGGUUUGUUGUCCUAGCCCACAUCAGAUCAUCGGGUUUCACGACGUAUCACCCAAGGAAUCUUCAGGGCAUAUCCCACUUAAACUCGAUAUAUCCGACAUAGAAAGGUAUGCGGAGCGCGGUCUAGCCAAAUUUAUGAGCACAUGCCAUGAAGGGCUCCCAUUCGCUAAAAACUCGAAUUCAAGGAUAGACAGGUUGCAAGUAUUCAGUCUGUCGGACAAAAAUUAUAAAUUCCAGCCAAAGGGCGAAAUCCCAUCUUCAACUUCCAAAUCACCAAUCAAGACCAUUUUCAGUAUGGCAACACGUGACAGUGGUUUUUCGAUUUACGUGAAAUUGUGUACAAAAUUGGAAACGACAACAACUCAUCAGACGGUCCUUUUGCUGGCUGAUGCCAUCUUCAACCUCAACUGCUAUAUCAAAUUUGUGAUGAAAGAAACACACGAUAUGACAAUCCCUGGAGACUACAUCCCAGCUUUGUGUUUGAAAGGCUCUCUAUAUCAGAAGACAAUCGAGAUCGCCCUAGAGGUUUUACAACAAGACAAUCUGAAAUUGAAAGAAAGGCUUUGGGCGCUAGGAGUCCUGCAAGAACUUCAAAAGUGUCUCCCAUUGGGAGAAUUACAACCAAUACGAGAGGAUGUACAAGAAGGGGCCAUUUGCCGAGGAAUUUUGGAGCUCUCUCUAAUUCGAGGGAUCAAUUUAUCACCCAUAACAGUGCAUAGUUGGAUGUGGACUCCAGCGGGUGGGGAGACAAAUCCAUUGGUUUUAGAGUCAUUGAAGAGGGUAGAAUUGUUAUUGAAGCUUCAUGAAUAUCUCAGGAUUACCAAGGGGUUGCAGCGCACUCAAGAAUUUACUAGUAUACAUGACACAUUACUCCAAGCAAACUUUCAAAAUCCAGAAGAAGCGCUUUCAGUUUUUGAAAGAUGUGAAAACCAUAUUAUAAAUGAAGCUUCUCCGCAAGGUGAAGUAAUAUGCCUUUACCAUGUUGUGAACCACAUCAAAAAAAUCAAAAAACCUGCAACAAUGAAUUCUGAAGGAGAUAUCAUUGUUGGACCGCUUAUUGAUCCCAUCAUGAAUGCUAUCUUUGAAAACAUGUAUAAAAGAUUUAAAGGAAGAUUCAUGUACGAAGAAGAAGUGUAUGCCUUGAUACAACAAUAUUUAAACAGAGGAGGUGGAGACCUCUACAUGGAAAACCUGGUUACACCCUUCCUUGGAUGGUCUCAAGUAACCAUCAAACAUUAUGAGUAUGUUUUUACUGCUUUGAAAGCUCAAAGGCGUGCUUUGAUCAAUAUCAAUCCUGAAUUACUCAAAAGGCAUCCUUUCAUGCUCACCACAUAUCAAGCAAAUGAAGAUGAUGUGAUUGAGAUACUACAGAGAGCAUCAAAACAUAUACCAGGGGCCAAAGAUUUCAUGAAAAGGAAGACUCCAGAGCUUAGUGAGUUUCAUUUUUAG